AUGCAGGGCACUGGGGAGAGCACGAAGGGGUCGGGGGAAGCUCUCGGGGUGGGAUAUGGAAAUGUGGAAAAGGGGUCCUACGGGCAGGCUGCCGGACGAUUUGGGUCGGUGGAGUCAGCGCCCAACCAUGGGUUCCCGGCGGAGGAGAGCCUGAAGGUGAUGAAGAGGCGCUUCGACGAGAUCGAUAGAGGCACGGAAUCGGGCGCGGGAAGUACUGAGUUGAAGAACAUGGUUCGAACACUCCUCACGCCAUGCAUCGACGAGCUACCCUUCUUGCACCAACAACUCGCCGCUCAGCGCGAUACCAUCCGAACAUUGCAGCAGCAGGCGAAGCUGUCCGAGCAACUCAUGGCUAUUGAGCGGAGUCGACUUGCGGCCGAGCGCCAGUCGUGGCACGUCACUACCCAGGCGCUACUCAAGCAGAAGGAAGCCGAUAUCGCCUCUGGGAUCAGGCCGAGAGGGCAUCUUGAGCUGAAUCUUGCGGAUACUCAACGUCAAAUUGACAAACUCGUCACCGAACUGCAACACCUCCGCUCCCACGUUGUACUCUCUUCAAACAACUUUGACAGCGACGUCGCUCCCGGCGACGGACCCCUUCCACAAUAUCCCCCUCCUCCGCCCAGAUCGUGGCCAUCUCGCGCCGAACAGGCACCCCUGUACCCUCGCCGCUCUCGCUCCCCGGCCAAGAUCAUGCGAUCUACUACGAUGGGCGAUGCGCGGACGGAACAUCUUCUUCUGGCUGCCCGGAAAGUGCGGGUCAUGCGGCAGGUGGAUGACCGUGUCGGGCGGUUGACGCUGGACGAGCUUAAGCGGGGCGGAGUUGUUGGACCCGAUGGCGGCUUAGGGUAUUCGGAGGGGUACGGCGGGAUGCUGUUUGAUGAGGAGGCGGUCGAGGAGGAAGGCGAGAGCGAAUUGGAGGAGAAGCCGGAAGUCCGCCUGGAGCGUCGAGUGAGCUUUACCGGCGCUAAGGGGAAGGGCCGGAUGCCGGAUACGCCUCUGGGCAAGCACAAGAAGAGCCACAAGAAACAGCCAACCACACCGGGGAACAACAAGAGCGUCCGGCAACCCCUUACUACGCCCGGCGGUUCCAAUUUUAGCGAUCUUCUCCUCGCGGCGGAAUUGGCUACUCGUCCGGGAUCGCCUAUACCUACCUCUUCUCGUCAGCCAAUCCCGAUGUCGAACAUGUCCGCCACUCGGUCGACGAAUCACGGUCGGGCGGAGACACCCUCGGAGGACGUUCAUCCGACCAAGAAGUCAAGGAAGGAUACGGCUUGGGGCCGGUCCCAGCCGAUUGGAGGCAUGGCGGAGGAUGACGAUACCGUCACGCCCGAGGGCGGCGGUGCUGGACCGGUCGACAAGUCGGCGCUGGAUCUCUUGCUCCGCGCGAGCCAGAUCGAUAGCCCUGACGAGGGUGCGGAUCGACACGCCGAAGAUGCUUCGCGGCAGAUGCAGCCGCCCGCCCAGCCCAAUCGGCUCGGCCUAGCCCCGGCGUUGGAACUCCGUCAAGGUCCGCAGAUCGCAGAUCACAUGAUCGACCCUUCCCUCGCAGAUCCACCCGCACCACCCCCAAACGGCCGUACCACCGCCAACGCUACCCCCUACGCACCCGCCACUUCCUCCUCUACCACUAUCGCCACGCCCCGCCAACGCCCUCGGGACGUCUCGGACGCAUCGGUAGCGCUUAACGGCGUUACUACCCCGGCGCGGGACUGGUCCCUUUACGAGAGUCCCUUCGAGGAGACCCCUCGAGGUUUCUCGCCGCCCCUGGUGGCCAAGAGGGAACGAUUCGGCAGUGUCUCUGCUGGAACACCAAUCAUUGGCGAGGCUAGUGGCGGUGGCGGCGGUGGUGGGGAGACGAAUGCGUUCAAUUCGCCGACAGGCGGAACGGUGCCUGGACUGGGCAAGUAUGUGCACUUGACGAGCUCGAUGCCGGCGAGGAGGAUGAGGUCGCCGUAUUUGAAGUGGACUGUGGAGGAGGAUGAGCUGCUUGCUCGGGCUGUAGCGCUGCAUGGCGAGAAGUGGGAUCUGGUCAGUAAAGGCGUACCGACCCGAAGCUAUCAUCAAGUCAGGCAAAGGUGGCUACGCAAAACAGGCGCUUUCGACAAGAAAGCCAUCACUGGCGAUACCGCCCCGGAGGAAGCCGAACGCAGCGACGCCCGAGCUGGGAGUCCUACGCCUCUCGGCGGGUCGCAGCCACCUAUAGAUGGAAUCGGAAAGAAGAGGCGGAUGUCGUUGAUGGGUGCCUAG